UCAAUGUAUAGGUUUAGAUAGCUUUGGAAAUUUAGCACACUCUAAUUUCACAAAGGAGCUAGUGAAUAUUAGAAUGUCUCUGAAAAUGUUGUUUUGAGAGGAGUAACAAUUAAAGGUAGAUAUAAUGAUUUACCUAAUUUGCUGUUCUUUACCGAAGCAUGUGAUCCAGUUGAAAAUUGGAUACCAUUCUUUAGUGAUCCAAACAACAAAGUAGAAUUGUAAAUAAAAUACUUAGAUAUUGGAUUAUCGAAAUGUGCAUAUUUUGAGUCCUAGAAAUUUUGGUACAUCAGAUAAACAUUAUUCAUUUGAUGUUCAAGAUUUAGCAAAUGAUGUUGUCAGAUAUAUGUACUAUAACAAAAUUACAAUGGCUACAUUAAGUGGACAUGGAUUUGGAGCUAAAGUAGCUUUGGCAGCAGGAUGUUAUCAUCCAGAGAGAACAACCGGUGUAUUUUGCAUAGAUUAUUCUCCUAUGGAUUAAAGAUAUCAUGAAGCAUUUACAGAAUUCAGAGGCUAUAUUGCAAAAUUAUCAUAAAUAAAUACAAAAGAAUUAACUAAAUCAUAAAUUGAAUCUUAUUUAAAAGAGAAUAUUGAUGUAUUCAAAUUGAAUUACUUAGUGUCCAAAAUGGAGAUUAAUUUUUAGUGAUAAUCUUAUUAAAUUGUCAUCUGGUUAAUGGGAUUGGAAGUUUGCACUCAAAUUUUUACAUAAUAAUGUUUCAUUUAAUAAAGCUGAUUCUAUAGCUUUCUGGCCAGUUAAAGCAGGUCUCUAUACAGGAAGAGCUCAUUUUGCAUUUCCUGAAUUCUCAAGAUGGGUUCAUCUUGGAACCAAUACUUUACCUAUGUUGAAAGUCUGUCCAUAAGUUAGAGGAUUUGGUCAUGAUGUUCAUUCUGUUUAAGGUGAUAAUAAUACAUUAAAUCAUUGGAUCUAUGAAUUUAAUAAUCAAUCUUUUGUAUUUGCAAGUAGAUUUACAAAGUAAUUCAAAAUUCUUAAUUAGAUUUUUGUCUAUGUAUGAUGGAGUUCAUUUAUUAUUAAAAGAUAGAACUGAAGUAGGUAAAGAAUUUGUUCCCUCUAUUAUUUAUUCAAAAAAAGAUCCAAAUCAUAUCUAUUCUGAUUAUUCUCCUGCUCAUUAUUAUCAUAAUUGGAGAUUCAAUAAUGUCUAUAAAAACUUAGACACACAAAAUAAAUGAA